AUGGCCGUUUCUGAUGUGGGAGCUUCGAAGAUCGAGCUUCUCCAAAACGGGUUCGCUCCGCCCUUCUUCUCCAACGGGUCCAAAAUCGCUAUCGUUGUAUCAGGUGUUGGAACGGCAGGAUUAGUUAUGGAGAAGAACGGGAACAUGGAGGAGAUAGUGCUUCAAGUAAGGCCAGGCGAUGCCAUCGCUAUUCCAGAGGGAAUCGUGAGCUGGUGGUUCAACAGCAGCCCAAGAAACUUCGUCAUCCUCUUCAUCCGGCACACAGACAAGGGUCAAUGCUUCAAGGAUUUUCACCUCGCCGGUGGUAGAGGGGUCUUCGGCGGAUUUCGCAGGGACCUCCUGAGCAGAGCACUCGAUCUAGAUGGGGGAGAUGCAACCACCUUUGUCCGCUCUCAGACAACCAACGGCGUCAUCCUGAAGAUCGCUGAUGAUUUCAACGUGCCCGUGUUUGACGAGACCAACAGAAACGACGUGGUUACCAACCUUAUUGGCCUCGUUCCGUCUGUGCAAGAUGCGGGUGGAGCUGUCUUUGUGUUGAACUCCACCACAGACCUUCCUCUGCUCAAGGAGAUGGGUUGUGGAGUUUCAGUUGUUUGCCUCGACCAAAGAGCCACCUACUCUCCUACCUACUCUCGUGGAUCCACCUUCCAGAUUAUAUAUAUUUCAUCAGGGGGUGGACAAUUCCAAGUUGUGGGGGCUAGCGGGGAGAACCUCCUCAACACCACGGUUGAGGCUCAGCAACUUUUUCUCGUCCCAGGUUCCAGCGUCAUCUCAGCCAGUGCGGGUUCUUCCGGUUUGGCGUGGCUCUCGAUGGUGGAUACACUCAGUCCAAGCUUCGUCACCUUGGCCGGCAAAGGGUCCGUUCUAAAAGCUCUCUCUCCCACCAUCGUCCAAGCAGCCUUUGCCGUGACGUCUGAACUGGAGACGGUGGUCCGUGCCAAGAGAAGCGCAGAUGUUUUUUGUUUCCCGUCCACCCCUGCUGAAGAAGAAGAAUGA